AUGAAAGAAACGCCUGAGGAUAUUUUCCUCAGAAUUCAACAAGCCGUACGUUCUGAUAGAGAACAUGAUAUCGAGUAUAUUCAGGAGAUUUUAAAGCUAAUUCAACAGCUUCUCCUCCUCGAUUUUGAGUUUGCUCUUCUGAACAAAGUCGAAGUUCUGAUUUGGAACGUCAUGCGCGAAACUAUUGAGCCUGUACGACUCGCGAAAUCCAAAGGCCUGCAAAAUGUUCUCAAUAUGUGCGUGGCUUUUCUAUCUGAUCUUUGCAUUUUAUUACAAGCUGAAUACGGGGUUAUCUUCGAAUUCGUUCCUAGUUUUAUCAGCCUUUCUUCUGCCAUAACCCAUAAAUCCAGAAAUAAUCAGAUCAGAGAACCCACUAUUAGAACGUUUUGUCAUUUUGUUUCUCUUCGACUAGGUGAUAUUUUCCGAUACAAGGAUGAGUUGGUGUUAGCAGAGAAUUGUUAUAAAACUGCCAUUCGAGCAGACCCUUCAAACGGAUCUGUUUGGAACCAAAUGAGCUUAAUAGCUCAAUACAAUGCUAAGUUUGCGGAUAAAUUAUACUACAGUGCUCGAGCAGUUCAUACAGAAAGAUCAUUUGAAUCAGCAACUACAAACACAGCUUCACUGUUGAAAAAAUUUGCUGAAGGUGCGUUAUAA